AUGUUGAUGUGGUUUUUCAUUUCUUUCUUUUUGCUCAGGUAUUUUGUGUAUUUUUUUGACUUAGUAAUCUUUGCCAAUGCCAUUUUCAUCGCGCUGGAGCGAAACGAUGCGGAAGUUCUGUUCCUGGUUCUAUUCAAUAUAGAAAUAUUACUUAAGCUGUAUACUUACGGCUGUAAGGAAUUCUUCUCUCUAUACUGGAACAUGUUAGUAUUCACUCACUUUUUAUCUGUUGUUUCAACUCAAUCUCCUAUACUAUUUUGUACUUUGUUUUGCCAGACUUCUCUUAUUAUCCCGGCCAGCAAAAUACUCUUUAUCCUUUCCUUUCAGAGUCUUUAGAAAUUUUUAGAAUAGCUCUUUACGGCACUGGAACUGGGCAAAUGUGAAUUUAUACUACGUGACCAAGUUUUCCCUUACAUGUAACUUGCGCUUUCCUGUUCAUUACUUCUGCCCCCAAAUUAGUACCUUCACGUUAGUUUUGUCUUUAACAAUUGUUUUGGGCUGUUUUUAGCUGCACGUUUGCUAUUGAGAAAUUCUCAACUUGAAUCUGACGUUUGCCGUCUGCCGUAAACGUCACUCUAGAGUGACAAACACUUGAAAUAUAGUUAGCGAUUUUAUCUCCAUUUUGUUAAGUUAUUUAACGACUGUUCUAUAUUUUGUUCUUUCAGAUUUGAUUUUUUAGUCAUAGGCAGUGCAACAUUAGCCCUCAUCAUUGAAACUUCUUAUGAAUCGUGUAGGUGGAAUUCAUGUAACAGUGAUAUACUUAAUGUAAUCAUUUAACACGAUAACUUAUUCGACUCCGUCAACUUACGACCUUUUGCAGCCUGUUUCACUGGCCGCUUUUUCUUGCAACUUUACCCACAGUUUUGUGACAAAAACAUCUAAAAUGAAAAAUUCCUAUAUUAAGACUAAAAGGGAGAAAGACAGAAAAAACAAAAAGAAAUAAAGAAAGUUUGAUCCUCAAUCUCAAUAUAACCAUAUCUUUGACUGUCUAUUGGUUGGACACCAUUCUAAUAUAAGACGGUCACUUGUACCAUUUCCAACUGUGUCCCUCUUAGAGAGCGUUGACUGUAUACUUUUGUUAUUUCUCUUUUAAUAGUGCAGUCGAGUCAAGGCGUGUUGGAUUUUCUUAUGGUCCUUCGAGUUCUUAGAUUGGUCAAGAUCAUGGGUCAAAUCAAACGGUUUGUCGGAUUUCUUUUCAAAAAUCUCCAUCCGUUACACGUAAUUAAUAUCUGACGCGUCUCAGCGUAGCCUCCCCGCAGACGUCCUUUGGGGUUCGUUUGUCACGCAUUCAUUUCUCCCCCACGGAAUGAAGGCGUGACAAACGAACCCCAAAGGACGUCUGCGGGGAGGCUAGUCUCAGCGAAGUCAAAUCCACUUUUUCACUUUUCAGUUAUUUUUAUCCAUACAUGAUAUAAACAGUCUUGUUUUCGGAGGAUACAUUUUUCUUUAUGCUACUCCAGCCUCGUACUCAUGUUUUUUGAGGCCACCAGGUCCAAGUAAUUGUCGUCUUUCAAUUGUCAAAAAGGAAUUUCUGCUAUUCUUCAAAAAUGCUAACUGCCAAUUUAUUUUUAUAAUGUUCAGACUUGGGAGUAGAGCUUGCCACACAAACUUUUCUUUCUUUUUUCAAAAAAAAAUUAGCCGUCUGCUAAAUUUGUUCUUUUCCGUCUAUUUUAUGAACAAAAAUAAUAUGUUCACUCACAGUAGACACACGGCAACUGUGUCAGUGUGAUGUUUACAGAAGACUGAGAAUUCAACAGACAAGCAAUUUAUAGGGCGAAUGACCGCCUAAGUUCCAUAAGGCUGUGCAUUUACGUAUUCUAGUUAUAUUUAUUGGAGAAGUUCGUUUUAAGACUCUUCCUUAAGGUUUCAUUGAGUUUCAGGACACUCGAAAAUAAAGAAGGCACGCUGGAGCCCGGUUGCUUUCAGUUUUCCGUGUUUGGUAGCCCGGUCAAACGCUCCCAUUUGAAAUAUAAUCGAGCCUAGCCUGGAAACAUGCCCACAUAGUCCUCUGAAUGAUGGUUUUGUGAAGGUUAGGGACAAUGCUAUUGUCCUGUUUUAUUUUUUUAGUAUUUUUUUCAAACAAUAGGUGUAUUUUUUACUUAACUAAUAAUAAUGACCAGCUUGAUACGGACACUUUCUAUGGCCCUGUGAAGGUCCCGGCAUAAAGGACGUUUGAUUGUAUUACUUCAUCGUUUUUUCAUGUCAUUUUUUGGCCAGAUUUCAGGUCGUUGUUGGAACCGUCAUGCAGAUUGGCCCGGCAAUGGGCACGUAUGGUGCAAUUAUGUUCGUAAGUCUAAUAUCUGUGUUAUUAAAUAAAAUGCUUGUAAAUUUUCGUUAAAAAUAAAACUUGGGUUGCUCGUCACUUCUUAAAAUAUGCUCCUUAAUGACGCCCUUUCCUAACCCUAACCCUAACCCGUUCGAAUUUUCCAAUAAAACAUAUGUUAAACUACUUCGAAGAAAGAAGGUUUUAGGUCAUUCUCGUUUUACCUUUACCCGGUUCAAGUGCGCACCUUUUCACUCAUAUUCUUUGUUUGUUUCCACGUGGCAUGGAUGCGAUGACAGGUCCAAAAAAUAUAAUUUCUCACAGAAUUUGCAUGGAAACAUGGCCGCCGUGACGUCAGCAGUAAACUGGUCCAAGUAAAGACUUCUGGGAACGUUAUUGGAGACGCGGUGGUCAGCUAUUGGCCAUUUUUUCCUCUGUCCCCAGUGACAUCCCCAGUUGACCCAGAAGUAGCCUGCAUAACGAGCGUUUCCGUUUGGUGUCGGAGCAAAGAAAGCCCGAGGAACGGGAUUUUCGGUUUUGGCCGCACAAGAAAUGGAACGAGAGCCAAAAAAUGAAACUGAGGGAGGAGCGGGAUGGUUAGGGUUACUUGCUCUAUUUUUCGUGUGGUGUUUGACUCUCGCUCCUCGUUCUUUGCUCCGAAACCGCACAGAAACGCCUGCUACGCAGGCUAUCCCAAAAGUCUUUACUCUCAUCCACACGCAAAUUUACUUCAUUUUCUAGCCUGCGUAGCAGGCGCUUGGAAGUAGUUGGCGCAAAAAAGAACGGGCGCGCGAGAGGGAGACACGCGAGGGGAGAGGCGUGUCUCCCUUUCGCGCGCCCGUUCUUUCUUUCGCUCACUACUUCCAAGCGCCUGCUACGCAGGCUAUUCAUUUUCAUGUUAGUGGUCGGCACCAGGCCUAGGGUUGAACCUAGCGAAAUGUUUGGACCCCUUAUUAAAAAUUCUGGACCUGCUCCGUUCUAAAAUGUAUUUCGUUUAUAUUAUUUGUAGGUCUUGUACUACAUGUAUGCCAUUCUGGGAAUGGAGUUAUUCAGUGGUUUGAUCAAAUCGGAAGGCAGUUACCCUUCAUCUGAUAGCAACGGAACGAGUGAAGAAAAUGUCACUGAGUUCUGUGGCAAUAUCAAGCUAAAUGGUUCCGACUUUUAUGCGGAUCGCUAUUGUAAUAACAAUUUUAAUGACAUUCUGAGAUCGUUCAAGGUUCUGUUUGAUUUGAUGGUUGUAAAUCAAUGGCACAGUAUCCUUUGAAUCAAUUUACUUUUGUUUAUUUUAGAUUAAACUUGAAUUUAUAGUUAGUUUCGUUAUUGAAUAGCGCAGCUCCAGGUACGUCGUCGCUGCUUAAGGAUUCUGCGUCGGAAAUAUUUAGAGCUUUUUUGAGAAUGUUUGGAAACUUAUUAAGAGGGUACACCUACACCCCAGCCUCCUCCCCAGGCGCUUCGUUUUUCGCAUCGUAGAAGCGAGCGCGAAACGCGAGUGACUGGUGAUGCACUGCAAGGGACCAUGGGAACGGUACAGACGGCAGGCGAAGCACGUCUCGCCCGUUGUCUCCUUCCCGCCUUCCUUUGCGCGCACAUUUUCUUCGAGAGAGAGACGUCUGCGUACGAGGCAGCCUACACUCACUGCCAAGCACGGUAAACAUAUGUAAAGCGCGGGAAAAUUUGGUUAUGGUCAUUUGAACUCUGUAUAGCCGUGUUUGUGUUCUUUGAUUCCUCUGUGACUUCACCAUUUUAAUUAUAACUUUAACAUGCUUCCAGUUAUAACUCAAGGUUAUGUUCGUGUUACAAACAAGUUUGCAAGGAUUUAUUUCCUGUCAUUUCAUCUUUUCUGUGUUAUCGUGGUUCUCAAGUGAGUACUUUUUUUUAAUAUAUAGCCGUCGCUUGUCAGCGUUAUAUUAUAAGCCGUCAAUUUUCGCCAAUUACUUGAUAUCACCAGUUUUUGUUUUAACAGAAACGUCAUAAGAACCCUUUUUUGAGGUGCAACAGUUUUCAUACGCUGUUGAGGCGGCCGCCAUUUACAUUUAAACCUGUAUUAAGCGGUCACCCCGGCGUGGGAAUGGCCAAAUGACCGUUUAAUGCAGGUUGAUGGUUAUUAUACAGGCUUAACAACCCUAGGAGCUUUAAUAAAAAAAUUAAGAUAAUAAAGCGAAAUAUCUAUCAUACGACAAAAUUUAAUUGACUUGAUAGUGUUUCUACUUCUAUGGUGUCAAAAGAAAAGUAAGAGUAGGAGACCACUAAAGCCCCCUGCAAACGGACGCAAUAUAUUUGGCCAACAACUCCCAGCGCUCAGUGUUGGAUUUUACAUGUUGCGUCCGUCUGCACACCCUGUUGCUUGUUGCUGCGUGUUGUUGGGAGUUGCUGCAUCCGUUUGCACACCACUACCAACACGGACACAACAACUCCCAACAUUGUUGGCCCACCACUCGUUGGCACCUCGGAAAAGGUGACCACAACCGCCUAAUAGAUUUGACCACUUGAUACAGGUCAGUCUAAAAAUAAUCAAGGGAAACUAUUUUGACUGUAAUAAGUUAAAAAAAUCUUUUUCUUUGAUUUUCAGUAUAUUUGUGGCAUUCAUCUUAGAAGCGUUUAUGUUGGAAUAUUCAUUCACCCACGGCAAAAUAGAAACUGUCUUCAACAAAAAGAUACAAGAAAAAGGCAUAGGCGUGGGAAUGUAAGUAUUCUGUGUAACUAUUAUGUUUCGCCCGGCAGUGCGCGACUUUGCGGAGCUAUAUCUUCGUUCGUCUUCAAACUGAACCACUUUCAAAACUUGGCGACUCUAGUGAUGUUACACGAGACAAUUCGCAACGACGAUUUUUUGCGCAACACAGCGUUGCAACAUUGUCGCGACAUUGUUUCAAAUGGUUACAACAUUGUUACAGCAUUGCAACCCUGUGGGGCGCUAAAAAUCGUCUUUGCGAAUCGUCCCGGGUAACAACGCCUUUUAAGGGCGUUCUUUCCAGGCAUGUUGACGGAUUUUCGCUAACUGGUCUCAGUGAAAAGGUGAAAAAACUGUGAAAGGAUCUAUUGAAGAUCGUUUGCCCCUGGUUCUGUAAAAACUGAUUGAGUACGAUUUAAUUACCGGUUCUAGGUGCCCAGUGAAAGAUAGAGCGGCGUCGAUUCUUUCUCUCGACGACACCGAUGAGGUGAUAAAAGAUCAGGGAAGCAAUGGUUUUACGUCAGUAGAACACCUCGCACUGGACACCGGUUUAAGAUUCAAAAUGCCGAGCCAGCAGAAGAAAAAUGCCGACCUUCUCCUACAGGAGAUGUUUGAGGAUGAGCUGGAGGAAGAUGAUAUCGGACCAAAAGAUGUAGAAGAUUUAGAUGAGCUUGAUGAAUUGGAAGAUAUCAUAGAGGCACAGUCCAAGAGGAGACUCACCUUUCACACAGUUGAUGCAGAGUAAACAAUGAGCCAUUUCCGAGUUCGAAAAACUCUCACUUUCAA